GAUCGCACGGAAAUUCCAACAAUCUUCACUUUAAAUUUCCGUGUUAUUUGUAUCGAUUUUCUUUCAAAAAUUAUCUUCAAACGCAUAAAAAUGUUAGGGCGAAAACAAAGUUUGAAGGGAGAACCGGUCCUCGCGGAUUAUGGUCCAGAAGAGUCAUUAAAUGAGAGUGCUGACAUAGAAUGGGUGAAUAAGCUCUGGGUAAGAAGGAUCCUGCGUUCAUGUGCUCUUAUGAGUUUGAUGUCAGUUUCACUUAAUACACCCAAGUCUUUUGAAAAGUAUCCUUACCUUCAAACUGUUACAUUUGCUGUAGACUGCUGUGUGACCUUAUUAUUCACAGCUGAAAUGAUUGCCAAAAUGCAUAUUAGAGGUAUACUGAAGGGUGAUGUUGCAUAUUUGAAAGAUCAUUGGUGCCAAUUUGAUGCUUCUAUGGUGUUUUUCUUGUGGGUCUCAGUCUUAUUGCAAAUGUUUGAAUUAACCGGAAUUGUGCCAAGAUACAGUUAUUUGAGUAUACUAAGAGCUCCACGUCCUCUUAUUAUGAUUAGAUUUUUGAGAGUUUUCCUCAAAUUUUCCAUGCCAAAAUCCAGGAUCAAUCAAAUUUUCAAGAGAUCAAGUCAACAAAUAUAUAAUGUUACUUUAUUCUUCCUAUUCUUCAUGUCACUGUAUAGUUUACUUGGAGUCCAAUUUUUUGGAGAAUUAACACACCAUUGUGUCAAAAAUGAUACAAAACCAGAUGAGGUGACAAUCAAUUCACUAGCCAUACCUGACACAUUCUGUUCGCCUGACCCUGACUCCGGUUAUCAGUGUCCUGCAGGCAUGAAAUGUAUGAAGUUAAAUUUGUCCAAGUACAUAAUGGGGUUUAAUGGUUUUGAAGAAUUUGCUACUAGCUUAUUCACUGUCUACCAAGCAUCAUCCCAAGAGGGCUGGGUAUUUAUUAUGUAUAGGGCUAUUGAUUCUUUGCCUACUUGGAGAUCUGCUUUAUAUUUCAGCACUAUGAUAUUCUUUCUGGCUUGGUUGGUGAAGAAUGUGUUCAUAGCUGUGAUAACAGAAACAUUCAACGAAAUCAGAGUUCAGUUUCAGCAAAUGUGGGGUGUAAGGAACCCUAUUACUAAGGGGAGCACUACACAAUUUUUUACUGGUGACGAUAAUGGCUGGAAACUUGUCACUAUUGAUGAAAACAAACAUUCUGGAAGUGCACCUGAGAUAUUGCAUAAGAUGUUGCGAUCAGCAUAUUUCCGCCUGCUGGUAAUGGGCGUAGUUCUAGCCAAUGGUGUUAUAACAGCUACAAUGAACUUUAAACACGACGACAAUCCCCGGGAAUUCUUUUAUGAAAAGUAUUAUUACAUUGAAAUUGCAUUCACAAUUUUCUUUGAUCUAGAAGCACUUAUUAAGAUUUGGUGUUUAGGACUAAAAGGCUACUUCAAACACUCUGUUCACAAAUUUGAAUUACUUUUAGUUAUUGGGACUACCAUUCAUAUAAUUCCUCAGCUCUACAUGUCCGUGUUUACGUAUUUUCAGGUUUUACGUAUUGUCCGAUUAAUAAAAGCCUCACCAUUGUUGGAAGGAUUUGUCUAUAAAAUUUUCGGUCCUGGAAAGAAGCUCGGCAGCCUUAUAAUUUUUACCAUGUGCUUACUAAUCAUCAGUUCUUCUAUAUCGAUGCAAUUAUUUUGUUUUCUUUGCGAGUUUACAAAAUUCGAAACAUUUCCAGAGGCAUUUAUGUCUAUGUUUCAAAUAUUGACUCAAGAAGCCUGGGUUGAAGUAAUGGAUGAAACUAUGGUGAGAACAAGCCAAACACUCACACCACUUGUAGCCAUGUAUUUUAUCCUGUAUCACCUCUUUGUCACAUUGAUUGUGUUAUCGCUUUUUGUAGCGGUAAUUCUCGACAAUUUAGAACUGGACGAAGACAUUAAAAAACUGAAACAAUUAAGGUACCGUCAGCAGAGUGCAGAGAUUAAAGAGAGUCUGCCUUUUCGCUUGAGGAUAUUCGAGAAGUUUCCCGACAGUCCGCAGAUGACCAAGUUACACAAAGUUCCCGGCGAUUUUAAUCUGCCAAAGGUGCGCGAAUCUUUCAUGCGUCAAUUCGUAUGCGAAGACGUGGAAGAAGAAUUAGGCGUCGCUGCCGGGGUGGUCGGCGCCGGCGCCUCCUCCGCGGCGGUGAGGGCGCCUCAAGCCGAGAGGAGAGCCAUCGACAAUGUCGGCCAACCAGAGAUAUCGUUCCCGUACAGAAAGAGAUGUCUCGUCAAGACAUUGGUAGUGGCUCCGCCUUCGCAAAGGCCGAGCUCGGCGCUGCGGAGACAUGUUGUUAGCUGUAUCAUCGAGGAUUCUAACAAUCACCGUCCUCUAUUAGGUGACUCUGCUAUGUUAGCGACCGGCGGAAAAUCUGGCCUAAAGCCCCAAGGGACCAUUUCCAGCGCGAAGCAGCUUCGGGUUGAUCAGAAGAAAUUCGGGUCUCGCUCAAUACGGCGGUCUGUGCGCAGCGGCUCCAUCAAACUGAAGCAGACCUACGAACAUUUACUUGAGAACGGCGACAUCGGCGCGGCGUCGCGUGUGGUGCCGUCGUCGCGAGCCAGACCGCCUUAUCUGGAUAUAAGAUUGCUGCAGGCAAAACGACAGCAAGCCGAGAUGAGAAGGAACCAACGAGAAGAGGAUCUUCGCGAGAACCACCCGUUGUUCGACACGCCGCUGCUGAUAGUCCCGCGCGAGUCUCGCUUCCGCAAGAUUUGUCGCGCCAUCGUCGACGCGCGGUACGAUGCGAGGCUCAGGGACCCCGUCACGGGGAACGAGCGGAAAGUGCAUUACAAGAGCUUCCAUAAUUUCCUCGGUCUAGUGACGUACAUGGAUUGGGUUAUGAUCAUGGUUACCACCCUAUCCUGCUUUUCAAUGAUGUUUGAAACACCUACGUAUAGAGUUAUGGAGAACUUUGUUUUGCAGAUAGCGGAAUAUGGCUUCGUUAUAUUUAUGAGCCUGGAACUGGCGCUGAAGAUAUUAGCAGACGGACUUUUCUUCACUCCCAAAGCAUAUCUUAAAGAUGCCGCUGCAGUUCUCGACGUGUUUAUUUACAUAGUAUCGCUGACGUUCCUGUGCUGGAUGCCGGUGCGCGUGCCGCCGGGCUCCCCGGCGCAGAUGCUGAUGAUCCUGCGCUGCGUGCGGCCGCUGCGGAUCUUCACGCUCGUGCCGCACAUGCGCAAGGUCGUCUACGAGCUGUGUCGCGGCUUCAAGGAGAUCUUGUUGGUAUCAACAUUACUCAUCCUGCUUAUGUUCGUGUUUGCGAGCUAUGGCGUACAGCUGUAUGGCGGAAGGUUGGCGCGCUGUAAUGAUCCUACAAUAAAGCGGCGUGAAGACUGCGUGGGCGUGUUCAUGCGGCGAGUGUUCGUCACCAAGAUGAAGCUGCGGCCCGGGCCCAACGAGACCUUCCCGUCUAUGCUGGUGCCUAGAGUAUGGGCAAAUCCGAAAAGAUUCAACUUUGACAACAUCGGCGAUGCUUUGCUGACACUAUUCGAAGUGCUUUCGUUUAAAGGUUGGCUGGAUGUUCGUGACGUCCUUAUAAAAGCGCUGGGACCGGUGCACGCUAUAUAUAUACACGUGUAUAUAUUCUUAGGCUGCAUGAUCGGCCUGACGUUAUUUGUGGGUGUCGUGAUCGCGAACUAUUCCGAGAACAAGGGCACUGCUCUGUUGACCGUCGACCAGAGGAGAUGGUGUGACCUGAAGAAGCGGUUGAAGAUAGCUCAGCCGCUACACCUCCCGCCGCGGCCCAAUAAACGCAAAGUACGCGCGUUCGCGUAUGACGUCACGCAGAACCUGAGCUUCAAGCGAGUCAUCGCGAUCGUCGUGCUCAUCAACAGCGCGCUACUUGCAGUCACGUGGUCCCGCUACUCCCAGUACACGGAGCAACUAGCGCUGACAUCGGCGCUGCUAACUCUGGUGUUCGUGGUGGAAGUGCUGCUGAAGACGAUCGCGUUCACGCCGCGCGGCUACUGGCAGAGCCGCCGCAACAGAUACGACCUGCUCGUCACUGUGGCCGGCUGCAUCUGGAUAUUCAUGCACUUCAUACUCAAGAACGACCUUUCAUAUUUCGUGGGGUUCAUGGUGGUGAUUCUCCGCUUCUUCACGAUCACGGGCAAGCACACCACGCUCAAGAUGUUGAUGCUGACGGUCGGGGUCAGCGUCUGCAAGAGUUUCUUCAUCAUAUUCGGAAUGUUCUUACUCGUCUUUUUCUACGCCCUCGCUGGGACUAUCGUGUUUGGAAACGUGAAGUAUGGCGAGGGAAUUGGCAGACGCGCGAACUUCAACUCGCCGAUCCACAGCGUGGCGAUGCUGUUCCGCAUCGUGACGGGCGAGGACUGGAACAAGAUCAUGCACGACUGCAUGGUGGCGCCGCCGUACUGCACGCCCGCCGACAACUACUGGGAGACCGACUGCGGGAACUUCACCGCGUCGCUGGCUUACUUCUGCACCUUCUACGUCAUCAUCACGUACAUCGUGCUCAACUUGCUAGUGGCUAUUAUCAUGGAGAACUUUUCAUUAUUUUAUUCAAACGAAGAAGACGCUCUGUUGUCGUACGCUGAUAUACGGAACUUCCAAAACACGUGGAAUAUUGUCGAUGUUCACCAGAAAGGAGUUAUACCGGUUAGAAAGGUAAAAUUCAUUCUACGGCUUCUGAAAGGCCGACUGGAGUGCGACACGCAUAAAGAACGCCUCUUGUUCAAGUACAUGUGCUACGAACUAGAGCGGCUUCACAACGGGGAAGAUGUCACUUUCCAUGACGUUAUUAACAUGUUAUCGUACCGUACAGUGGACAUUCGCAAGUCUCUGCAAAUGGAAGAGUUGCUCGCGAGGGAAGAGUUCGAGUUCUUGAUCGAGGAGGAAGUGGCGAAGCAGACUAUACGCACGUGGCUGGAAGGCUGUUUGAAGAAAAUACGCGCCAACAGCAGUAAGCAGCAGACAAGUUUGAUUGCCGGUUUAAGAAAAACUAAUGAACAAGCCAUCGACAUGGGUAACGAAAAGACAGAUAAAGAAAAAAUUGAGGCCGAAGUCCAGGCGGCAAUCGCUAACAUAGGGCGUGCGGAAAUAACCGAAUCGACUUCACAACCUGUUAUUUCUACGAUAGCGUCGUCCGAUACUCAGAUCAAAAGGUCGUCUACCAAAGGACCAUUCAAACGACCAGGCUUGCCGUCCGUCACAAUACCCCGGCCGGAGAGCCCCGUCAACGUAAAUAAAAAAUAUUUGCAGCCGACUCUGAGUGACCCGCAUCCCGCGCUCAACAAGAAAUCUACAACAACCGCGAGCCACCGCAGCAAGGGCGCGUGCGGCGCGAACAGCUCAGCGGCGCGCGAGCCCGCGCUCAAGGACCUGCUGGGCUGGUGGGCCGACCAGCUGCCGCGACACUCGCAUCCGCACACAGACUAACACUUGUUAAAGUAAAACCUCUUCCUCAUUACACACGUACUGUUUUUUAGAUCGUCAUUGUGUUCACUUAAUGUGGGAACCGCGGCGUAGGCCUUAGGACGCAAAGGGAUUUUUACAUUUACAGGGCCUUUGUAGUUCUGAAACUGAAAAGGCCCUGUAAAUGUAAAAAUCCCUUUUAUUUAAUCCCUUUAAAUAACCAUACAAUUCAGAUUGCUGAAUUGAGAUAAUUUGGUUGAUUAACUUUGCCCCGUCUCUACGGGUAUGGUUAUUUUGUCCCACCACUAUUGUGGUGCCGUACCUGUGAAAUUGGAACAGUGUAGUUCAAAGUUUCUGGUAUAUUACUGACUCGCGUUCGGUGUGUUUAUGCGUCGAAGUUUAUUAUUGCUAAUUAGCUUUAGUUUAACAUGAUCCCUAUGGUGAAUAAAUAUGACAUCCCAAAUGUCAUAUUUAUUCACCAUCGGAAUCAUCUAGUCGGGAGAUUCGGGUCGAAACAUUCUUCCGUUUACGAUCAUUGUUAAAUUUGAAAUAGACUAUGUGUAAUAAAUAUGGCUGUAACAAUGUCUACCUAAAAAACUAACAAAUGUAGAUUCUAGUGAUUUAAUAGACCAUAUACUACGUCUACUGUAGACGUACAACAAUGUUUAACGCGUGGGUUGAUGUUAUUAGUAAAAUAUUGAUGUUAUUUAGGUAUGUGGUGUUAAAAUUUAGAUUAAUAUUUCAAUUCUAUGUAACGCCAAAUUAUACAAAUAGGUAUAUGAAUUAAAUAAAAAUGAUAUA